AUGUCUAAUCCAAUUAAUUCCCUUGAUACCUUGAAGUUCGUAGAACCAACCGAUCUCAAGUCCUGGUUCCAAAAAUCAUCGAACACCGGUGAAGACAGCAAAAUUGCCGUUGUUGAUGUAAGAGACAACGACUUUGAGGGAGGACAUAUCAAAGGUGCGUUGAAUUUCCCAUCUGAAACAUUUAAUGAAUCAUUACCUGAGCUUCACAAGAAAGUGAAGGAGACUGAUGCUAAAGACAUAGUUUUCCACUGUAUGCUGUCUAAAAAUCGUGGUACAAGGACUACCAUUGCUUACCUUGACUUUAUCAAUUCUUUGCCAGAAUCAGAGAGAAAAUUAUACGAAUCGAAGAAUGUUUGGGUGUUGAAAGGGGGAUUCGUUCAGUGGCAGAAGGAUUUCGGUAAGGACAAGCAAGUCACAGAAGAUUUUGAUGAGGAUUUGUGGAGAAAGAUCGAAGAGGAACAGAAUAAAUAA